CUUCAUCUUCUCCGAUUCCGAUAUCACCAGCCCCACUAUCCCUAUCAUCCUUUCCUCUCCCCUCCAACAACACAACUUCAAUAUCUAUUCCAUUCUCUCCACUCUUCACACAAUCUAUGAAGGAAACGAUGAACUACCUCUUCGGCUCCGUCGGUCCAACCGGCUACGGUUCCAAAUCCACCGCCGAACAAGUCACUCAUAACUUCCAAACCGGUUCCUCCUUCACCGCCAUCGUCACCGGUGCAACGUCUGGGAUCGGAGCUGAGACGGCUCGGGUCCUUGCAAAGCGGGGUGUUCGUAUUGUCAUGCCUGCAAGGAACUUAAAAGCGGCUGAGGAGAUGAAGGCGAAUAUUUUAUCUGAGUUUCCUGAUUCGGAUAUUAUUGUUCUAAUGCUUGAUCUUAGCUCAAUUUGUUCCAUUAGGAGUUUUGUUGCGGAAUUUCAAGCUCUUAAUUUGCCUCUUAACCUUUUAAUAAAUAAUGCCGGAAAGUACUCUCACAGUCACCGGAUAUCUGAAGAUGGGAUAGAGAUGACGUUUGCGACUAAUUAUUUAGGUCAUUUUUUGUUGACGAAACUGCUGAUGGAGAAAAUGAUCGAGACGGCCAAAAUAACCGGUGUACAAGGUCGUAUAGUGAACGUGUCGUCUGGCAUCCAUACCUGGUUUUCUGGCGACUUGCUUCGUUCCGUUGCUCAAAUUACUAGAGAUAAGAGUGAGUAUGAUGCAACACGUGCAUAUGCAAUCUCGAAGCUCGCUAACGUUUUGCAUACCAAGGAACUUGCUCGGAGACUCGAGCAAAUGGAUGCGAAUGUGAUCGUAAACUGUGUGCAUCCUGGGAUUGUGAGAACGCGAUUAACCAGAGAUCAUGAAGGCUUCUUGACAAACCUCAUAUUUUUUCUUGCUUCAAAGCUGUUAAAAACAAUUCCUCAGGCGGCUGCGACGACAUGUUAUGUUGCAACUCAUCCAAGUCUGACAAAUGUGAAUGGAAAAUACUUUGUCGAUUGCAACAUAGCUUCACCAUCGAAACUAGGUUGCAAUCCGGAUGAAGCUGCUCGGUUAUGGUCGUUUUCUGAAGUCAUGGUUUCUACUGAACCCAAAACACAUGUUGACCAUUUCCAUGGAUUAGAAUAAUCAAACACAUAGACACAACAUGGUAUACCAUUAAUUAAUUAAGAUUAAAAAGGAAUCCAUAUACUUACUCAGUGAAUUAUACAUAUUAUAUCAAAUUAAAAAUGAUGUAGAUACUCAAGGAACAUGUUAAGUUUACAACAUAAAAGAAGAUCUGGCAGCUUAAUAUAUAUACAUAUACCUAAUUAAACAGUUUGUCAUGUGAAGAUAGUUGAUUGUGGAACAUACAUUAAUUAUUGAAAGGUCCUUUAAAUUGGUUGUGACUAUUUGAUUUUCUAUUAAAGUUUCUCUAUUAUAGUGUUAUAUAUCAUUUAUCCAUCACAUUGUUCUUUAUUUACAUGUUUUAGUAAAAAUGCUUUGAUGACGCUA